UUUGUUCAACCCCGCCUACGUCCGAUAAAAUUUUUGCAGGCUAAGCUCAACGAAGCUCUUUGUCUUGCUAACUCGGAAGAGCAGCGAGAUGGGUAUUUCGAUACAGACUUCUUUGAUAAGGGUUUGCCUCCCCAUAUUAUUGCAAACCCAUCCAUGAAAGGCCACAAGGCUCGAGCAGACACAUAUUUUGGACCAGGCACUGUACAGAACAUCAAAUGCCAUCUUAGUGCUGCUGAAUCGAAGGGUGAAGUGGAUGCUAUUUUUGUUAAUGCUAUACUAUCUGGGAUUCAGCAGCGAAAUCUGGAGCGCGUUUGGCGAAAACCUGUUCUGGAUCGUGUGGGUCUGAUAAUAGAAAUAUUCAAUGCUCAUGCCUUUACAAAGGAGGCAAAGUUGCAGGCUGAACUAGCUGCAUUAUUGUAUAAGAAAUCAAGACUUGUUCGUGUCCGUGGCCCAGAUGGACGCUAUGCAUUGGAUGCUGGAGAAGCUGAAGUUGUUAGUGCUCGAGGGAGAGGAAGUGGAGGUCGAGGUUUCAUGAGUGGUGCUGGAGAAACAGAACUUCAGCUUCAGCGGCGAAGCUUGAAAGAGGUUCAGGCUAGGCUUGUCUAUUUGGGCCUAUUUGUGUCAACCCUAAAUAAGCUCAGCCGAAUAUACCUGGGCCCGACAUGUCCAAAUUACCAGCUCUACUCUCACCAAAAUAAAAACUUUUUUGGGGGUGGGAUUCUCAUGGGAGCUGUCCUUUUGCAGCAUGUGGUGGAUUCCAGUGCUCCCAACCUUGAUGAGCAUCGCUCCACAGUGCUGCAAGUUCUUCAACAAAUAGGAGUCUCUGAAGAGAAGCUUCAGAAUAUGAUGGUUUGGAACAAGAUCGAUAUUGAAGAAGAGGGCAUGGAUGAUGAUCAAUAUUUGGAUGAAGAUCAGGGUACAGGUGAAGAUGAAAGAGAUGAAACCUGCGUCUUCAACGGAGAGGAUGGUGUCGAGGGGGUAGCUGACAACUAUAACGUCAAUGAGCCGCCAUUGUGGGGUUCUGAGGAGGCCAUGGAAGGAAAACAGGGUGAUUCUGAUGGCUGGUUGUAUGAGGAUACUUCGGCCGAGGAAGUUGAUUCCUUUUUGCCCUGGACAGUUUGUGAGCAAGAAAAUGAGCCCUCUAAUGUGGACACUGUGGGCCCGUCUGGGCCCCACGUGAGAACAUCUGCUGUCACUGGAGUGGGUUUACAAGAUUUGCUGAAAAUUGACGAGAAGCUAAAAAUCCAGGAUGAGAAGUCAAAGGCUGCAAAAAUGGCGGAAGGAAGUAUCUUCAAUAGGAAAUGGAGGCCCCCUCGAUUAGAAAACUCUGGCGUAGCAGUUGAACAGUAGUUUGCACUAUAGGCAUUGUUUUCUUUUUCAAUAUUCCUGUAUUAUUGUUAUUGUUAUGUAAGGGCAAGCUAGAUACAUGAAAUAUCAAGUAGGAUGGAAGCCAUGACCUUC